UAAUGAUGGCCUUUUUAGGAAGGAAGGAAAAAGAAUUCUUCCAGAAAGACUUUCUUUCUUCUGUAUAAAGAUACAGAAGAGAGGUUUGAGUUGUGGAGUGGUUGGGAUUCUGAUCCGAUUCAAAGAAAGGCAAGGGAAAUUUUAGUAAAGAAAUGAUAUAAAUAAAUUAUUGAUCUACUUUUUCGAAAUCUGCUAAAGCUUUUUCAUUUGUUUUGUCCGUUCUGAGUUUAUAUUUGGAUACCCAAACUCACUCUUUCUUCCUCAAUAAACACUGUGACUCAAAAAAGAAGCAAAAACAUUUUGCUUUCUUGCUUUCUUUCAAGACUCCACUGUCUUCCUACUCAUGGAUCUAGCUUAGUCUGCAUAAGGCAUCUAAACAGGAAUAGAUUUUCCUUUUUAGAAGAUAAAAAUGGCAGCUGAGAAGACCAUCACCAAGAGUCAAGCAUGGUUUUGCACUACUGGAUUGCCAAGUGAUAUUGUUAUAGAAGUGGAAGAUAUGGCCUUUCAUCUUCACAAGUUUCCUUUGAUGUCUAAAAGUCGAAAGCUUCACCAACUGAUAACAGAGCAAGAAACAAACGAAACAUCUACUGCAGGAAGAGAAGGAGAAGAGAAAGAACCUGAAGACGAAAUCGAGGAAAUCCAUUGUCAGAUUACGCUUCCAGAUUUUCCGGGCGGCUCGCAGACUUUCGAGAUGGCUGCCAAGUUCUGCUACGGCGUUAAAGUCGAUCUCACCUCUUCCACCGUCGCGCCACUUCGUUGCGCUGGAGAGUUUCUUGAAAUGACGGAAGAAUAUUCAGAAGACAAUCUUGUUUCUAAAACAGAGCGGUUUCUCUCUCAAUCUGUACUCAAGAGUCUCAAGGAGUCGAUAAAGGCGUUAAAAUCGUGUGAGAAAGUUAUGCCUCUUGCAGAGAGCCUAGGCAUUACUCAACGUUGCAUUGAUUCCAUUGCUUCCAGGGCUUCCUCCGCCGACCCGGCUCUGUUUGGCUGGCCGGUUAGUGAUGGAACCAAUGAGAAUAAACCCAUAUCCAAUCAAGCUUUAUGGAAUGGGAUUGAAUCUGCCGUGCGAAGAAAGGGAGCCGCCACCGCUUCUACAGCCGCCGCCUUUGGUGGUAGAUUUGCUAAUGUGGCCUCAUGGUUUGAAUAUUUGGGGCUUUUAAGUUUGCCUUUGUUUAAGCGAUUGAUUCUCGCCAUGAGAGCGCGAGAUCUGAGUCCACAGAUUAUAGAGAGUUGUUUAAUGUUAUAUGCUAAGAAGUAUAUUCCAGGCGUAUGUACAUUGAACCGGAAGCCAUCUUCGUCUUCCUCUAUAGCUUCAGAGAGCGAACAUAGAGAAGUUUUAGAGACUAUAAUUUCAAAUCUUCCAUUAGAGAAGAGCUCCAGAUCUUCAACGGCGACAAGGUUUCUAUUCGGCUUAUUUAGAACAGCAAACAUAUUAAAUGCGUCAGAAUCGUGUCGUUCCGCGUUGGAAAAGAAGAUCGGAUCACAAUUGGAGCAAGCUACACUGGACGAUCUACUAAUUCCUAGUUAUUCAUAUCUUAACGAGACUUUGUACGAUGUUGAUUGCUUGGAGAGAAUUCUAGGCUAUUUUUUGGAUGGACUCGAAGAGAGAAAUGCAGCCGGAGUUGAAGCAGAGGAGGAGGAAGGUGAUCGCAAUGUGAGAUCACCGGCAUUGAUGCUCGUCGGAAAACUAAUCGACGGUUAUCUUGCUGAGAUUGCCUCCGAUGCCAAUCUGAAACCUGAUAGAUUCUACAAUCUGGCAAUCUCUUUACCAGAGCAAGCUAGGCUUUUCGACGACGGCCUUUACAGAGCCGUCGACGUUUAUCUCAAGGCUCAUCCAUGGAUAUCAGAAGCAGAGCGGGAAAAGAUUUGUGCAGUAAUGGAUUGCCAAAAGCUGACAUUAGAGGCUUGCACACACGCAGCACAGAACGAGCGGCUUCCACUGCGGGCGGUGGUUCAAGUUUUAUUUUUCGAGCAGUUACAACUCCGCCACGCAAUCGCCGGAACAUUAAUAGCGACGGAGACGGCGCCGCAGGAAACUGCUAGACUAUCGCUGAUAAGAAGAGAACAGGAAGAUGUAGAGGAGGGAGCUGCAGCGACGGCGGCGGCGGAGGCACGGGAGAGUACUACCUGGAGGGCAGCAGUGAGGGAGAAUCAGGUGCUACGACUAGAUAUGGAUAGCAUGAGGACGCGGGUGCAUCAGCUGGAAAGAGAGUGUUCUACAAUGAAGAAAGUGAUCGAUAAGAUUGAUAAGGAUGGUCCACGUGGAUGGAGAGGGUCACUUACGAAAAAGUUGGGGUGCAAAUUCAAGACUCAGGUGUGUAAUUCUCAUGAACAGGCGGUAGUAAAUGCAAGCAAAGGAAGGCACCAUCACCACCAACAAUAGGCUCUCCCGUACGUGAACACAGCUUUGUCGUUAAUUAAUUAAAAUAUUCCGUUGUCUCGUGUGAGUUGACCAACUUACACUGUGUAGACGGGUGUCCAUGAUUUGUUAUGUCCAUGUAAGUGGCUGCCACGUAUGAUCUGAAAAAGGAAGGAAAAAUAAAAUUUCCAAGUCUUUAUUUUUUCUGACCGAAAUUAUAUUGUUUGAUUGGCCAAAUUUACACGACUUUUGAGGAAAUGCUGUUCCAGAAAGCAAGUGGCAGUGGGAGAUUAAUUACAGCCCCUUUCUCUGUAUAAAGUUUGUGCAAUAUGAAUACGACGAACUCACUCCUGGUCCGUCCAAGGAUUUGAUUUGA